GACACGUACCUCAGCGUUCAGCGCUCCGCAGUGACCCCGGGCCCGACUCGAACCCGGAAUCCAAGUCCACGGCUUGACUUGAGCUUGAGGACUCCGAGUCCAUAGCCGGGUUGCUCACCACCGCUCCAGCGUAUACGACUCACACCGAGCCCUCGGCAUUCACUCCACCAUAUAGACGUUGGGUAAACUUGCAUUACGACUGUGCUAUCCCGCCUUCCCGCAACGAUGGAUAUGGCUGAGAUACGUCUGCUGUCCGCUCCUGUUGUAAGUACGUCUCCUGCAGAUGCUUGACUGGGCUCGAACCGCUCUGCAGAUACUCGGGAUCCACAUGAAUUGGGGUUUAGAGGGUAUAUUGCUAGUCCAAGUUUAUAUCUACAGCGCACGCUUUUCGUCUGAUCCAUUACGAAUUAAAUGUCUUGUGUAUGGCGUGUUCAUUUACGAGACGGUCCAAGCGUGUCUUCUUGUUGCCGACGUCUUCCACUACUGGGUGUGGAACUACGGAGACCCAGCGGUCCUUGCCACCCUUAGCAAUAUGUGGUUCAGCGUCCUGAUCAUGGGCGGUAUCCUAGCUACUCUCGUGCAAUGUUUCUAUGCAUGGCGGAUAUGGAAUACAGUCAAGCAUGUCUUCAUUAGUGUUCCGAUCAUUAUGGUAGCCUUCACGCAGCUUGCACUCGCUGUGACUAGUGGAGUUAAGGUGCGUGCGUGGUUGCGCAAAGUAGCUUACUUCGUUGUGCCGAACUCCUUCCACAGGCGAGGUUAUUGCCAAUCGGUCUCGAGAGCCGUAUCGCAUCGUUCGUAGAUGUAGGUGCCUACGACAUCUCGUUCGGAUCAACGCUAACCCUGGCUUGAAGGCCUGGUUGGCCUGCGCUUUACUAGCCAACAUCAUCAUCUCGAUAACCAUGAUCGUCCAUGUGAGCCAUGUUUUACGUGCUACAAGUGCGAGGU